AUGGCUAAUGCAGAUUUGAUGUCCCGCUCUUGUGGGACUGGCAACCCCAUUGAUGAUUGUUGGAGAUGUGACCCCAAUUGGGCUUACAACAGGAGAAGGCUAGCAGAUUGUGCAAUCGGUUUCGGCAAGAAAGCCAUUGGUGGAAAAAAUGGUAAGUUAUAUAUUGUCACCGACUCCGGCGACUAUGACGCGGUGAAACCGAAACCGGGGACACUCCGGCAUGCAGUGAUUCAAGACGAGCCAUUGUGGAUCAUAUUCGCAAGAGAUAUGACUAUUAAACUGAAGGUAGAGUUAAUCAUGAACUCGCAUAAGACAAUUGAUGGAAGAGGCGCGAACGUGCAUAUAGCUGGUGGUCCAUGCAUUACUAUACAAUAUGUGACCAAUGUUAUAAUACAUGGGAUACAUAUACAUGAUUGUAAGCCAGGUGGGAAUGCUAUGGUGCGGGACUCACCAGACCACUACGGGUGGAGAACCGUGUCGGAUGGUGAUGGUAUCUCCAUCUUAGGAGGAAGCCACAUAUGGAUUGACCAUUGCUCAUUCUCUCAAUGCACUGAUGGUUUGAUCGAUGCCGUUCUUGCGUCCACUGCAAUUACCAUUUCCAACAAUUACUUUACCAAGCACGACAAGGUUAUGCUGUUGGGUCACAGCGACUCAUACACUCAAGACAAAAACAUGCAUGUCACUAUAGCUUUCAACCACUUUGCAGAAGGGCUUGUUCAAAGGAUGCCAAUGUGUAGGUUUGGAUAUUUUCAUGUGGUGAACAAUGACUUUAAAUACAUUGUUAAAAUGGAUUUUAAAGAAUUUUAA